GUUUAUAGCUAAAGGCGAGAAUGUCGCGUUGGUCUGUCGAUAUAACACUUCUACGCCUGUGUCUAACGUGCAGUGGAUAAAAGAUGGAGAGGUGAUUGCCAUAAAUUCUAAUGUGACCAACAAUGGAUCAAGACUGACUAUAACCUAUUAUGAUAACAGUUCAUCGCAGCUCUCAAUCGCCUCAGCUUCCUCACAGGAGUUCUGGAACUUACACAUGCAAUGUUACGAAUGAAGUAAACAGUACGGUAGCUUCGACAAUGAUUGAUGUUCAAGAGAAGCCUUCUGCCAAAUUACAGCCAGAAGCUGUUACCGUCAAGGAGGGAGAAAAUGUGACGUUAUUUUGUAACUCUUCUGGGAGCUCUCUACCAAUAACUUGGCAAUUCAACGGAUCUGAUGUAACUACUUUGGGAGAUUCAAGGAUCAGUUUUUCAGUUUACAAUAAAAGUUUGAUUAUAACGAACGUGAGCAGGAAACAGAAAGGCGAAUACAAAUGUGUGGCGAGAAACAAGUAUGGAGACGAUACAUCUAAUAUUGCGGUUGUGUCUGUUAAAUUUGAGCCUGAAGUUACAAUUGAUGGCGACCAAGAGCAGUUUAGGGCCAAAGGCGAGAAUUUCACGUUGAUCUGUCGAUAUAACUCUUCACCUCCUGUGUCUGAAGUGCAAUGGAUAAAAGAUGGAAAGGUGAUUGCCAUAAAUUCUACUGCAACCAACAAUGGAUCAAGAGUAACUAUAACCCAUCAUCAUGGCAGUCUAUCACAGCUCUCAAUCGCCUCAGCUUCCUCAAAUGAUUCUGGAACCUACACCUGUAAUGUUACAAAUGAAUUAAAUAGUACAACGGAUUCUACUUCAAUCGUUAUUCAAGUGACGCCUUCGAUCGAGACGAACCCACAGGCUAGUCGGAUCAAAGAAGGAGAAAACUUGACACUAUUUUGCAACGGUUCUGGAAGCUCUCUAACAACAUCAUGGACAAAAAAUGGAUCUAAUAUAAAUUCCAGCGAGGAUUCAAGGAUCCUUUUGCUAGCAGACAACGAGCAGCUGACAAUAACGAAUGUGAGCAGGACAGACAAUGGAGCAUACCAGUGUGUCGUGAGCAACGAUGUUGGAAAUGCUACCUCCAAUGCCGCCAUUCUAACUGUUCAAUUUGGGCCAGAAAUCUCUCAACCGCCAAGUAAUACCACGAAAGUGGAAGGACAAACUGUUGUGUUCAGUUGCGUAGUAGCAGGAUACCCUAAACCUGAUGUUGCUUGGACAAAGGAUGGAGACAAAUUAGACAUAGCAGUAGAUUUUCGUUCAAAUUUCUCUUCAAAGGACGGAGAACACAGUUUGUCGAUAGCAAAUGUUCAACAGUCAGAUACAGGACAAUACAGAUGUGUCGCUAAUAAUAGUUUGGGUACCUCCACUUCAACUUCAGCAACUCUUAGCGUGCAAUUUGCACCAGAAGUGACAAUAGAUGGAGAUAAAAUACGGUAUGUAGCUAAUGGCACUGAUUUACGGAUGACAUGCCGCUUUAACGCCUUGCCUCCCGUGUCAGAAGUGCAGUGGGUAAAAGAUGGGAAUGUGAUCGCAUCAAACCUCACUGCGCCCUCAAAUAGGUCACGAGUAGAUAUUUCACAUUCUAAUGAAAACCAAGCUCAGCUGCUGAUCACCGCAGUUUCCUUGGGAGAUUCUGGAAAUUAUACCUGCAAUGUAACAAAUAAUGUUGGAAGCUCCUCGAAUAGGACUUCGAUUGUCAUCCAAGUGAUGCCUUUAAUCGAGACGAACCCACAAGCUGAUCCAGUCAACGAGGGAGGAAACUUGACCUUAUUUUGCAACGCUUCUGGAAGCUCUUUGACGAUAUCUUGGACAAAAAAUGGAUCUGGUGUAAUUCCCAGUGAGGACACGAGGAUCCGUCUGUCAGGAGACAACGAACAGCUGACUAUAACGAAUGUAAGCAGAACAGACAACGGAGCCUACCGAUGUGUGGCGAGCAACAAUGUUGGAAAAGCUACCUCCGAUGCCGCCAUGGUGACUGUUCGAUUUGCGCCAGAGGUGACAAUAGAUGGAGAUCAAAUACAGUAUGUAACCAAUGGCACUGAUUUACAGCUGACAUGCCGCUUUAAUGCCUUGCCUCCCGUGUCAGAGGUACAGUGGGUAAAAGAUGGGAAUGUGAUUGCUUCAACCCUCACUGCGUCUUCCAAUGGGUCACGAGAGAUACAUAAUCUAGAUCGCACGUGUAAACUAAAGCCUUCAAUCGAGACGAACGCACAAGCUGAUCCAGUCAACGAGGGAGGAAACUUGACCUUAUUUUGCAACGCAUCUGGACGCUCUUUGCCGAUAUCUUGGACAAAAAAAGGAUGUGCUAUAAAUCCCAGUGAGCACACGAGGAUCCGUCUGUCAGAAGACAACGAGCAGCUGACUAUAACGAAUGUGAGCAGAACAGACAACGGAGCCUACCAGUGUGUGGCGAGCAACAAUGUUGGAAAAGCUACCUCCGAUGCCGCCACGGUGACUGUUCGAUUUAAGCCUGAAAUAUCCCAAGCUCCAAGUAACACCUUAAAAGUGGAAGGACAGACUGCUGUGUUCAGUUGUUUGGUAGCAGGCUACCCCACACCUAAUGUUACUUGGACAAAGAAUGACGUUGAAUUGAAUAUAGCAGCAAAUUCACGAUUAAAUGUCUCUUACAAGGGUGGAAGUCACAGUUUGACAGUAAAAAAUGUUCAACAGUUGGAUGCUGGAAAAUACAGAUGUGUCGGCAAUAACAUAUUGGGUAACUCCACUUCAUCUCCAGCCACUCUUACUGUGCAAUUUUCGCCAGAGGUGGCAAUUGAUGGAGAUCAGGUUCAGUUUGUCGCAAAUGGCACACAUUUACAGCUGACAUGCCGCUUUAACGCUUUGCCUCCCGCGUCUGAGGUGCAGUGGAUAAAAGACGAGACUGUGAUUGCAUCAACCCUCACUGCGCCCCCGAAUGGGUCACGAGUGAAUAUUUCACAUCAUAAUGAAAGCCAAGCUCAGCUGUCAAUCAAGGCAGUUUCCUUAAAAGAUUCUGGAAAUUACACAUGCAAUGUUUCAAAUGUUGUUGGUAGCUCCUCGAAUAGAACAUCGAUUAUCGUUCAAGUUACGCCCACCAUCGAAAAGGACCCAAUAGCUGUUCCAGUAAAGGAAGGAGAGAACUUUACUCUGUUUUGCAACGCUUCUGGAAGCUCUCUGAUAUUAUCAUGGACGAAAAAUGGAUCUGUUAUAGAUCCCAGGGACGACUCGAGGAUACAUUUGUCGACAGACAACGAGCAGCUGACAAUAACGAAUGUGAGCAGGAAAGACAACGGAGCAUACCAGUGUGUGGCGAGCAACCAGAUUGAUAAUGCUACCUCCCACGCCGCCAUAGUCACUGUUCAAUUUGCCCCUGAAAUCUCUCAAUCUCCAAGUAAUGCCGUGAAAGUGGAAGGAAAAACUGUUGUGUUCAGUUGCGUAGUGGCAGGAUACCCUGAGCCUGAUGUUGCUUGGACAAAGAAUGAGGUGAAAUUGAAUGCGUCAGCAAAUGCGCGACUUGAUUUCUCUUCCAUUGAUGGAAAUCACCGGUUGACCAUAUCAAAAAUUCAACAAUCAGAUGCAGGAGUAUACAGAUGUGAGGCUACUAACAGUUUGGAUAACACGACUUCAUUUCCAGCGACACUUACAGUACAUUUUGAUCCAGGAGUUACAAUUGAUGGUGAUAAAGAGCAAAUUGUGGCUAAGGGCGACGAUAUCAAGAUAACGUGUCGACAUAAGGCCAUACCUCCUGCCUCUGAGCUGCAGUGGAUAAAAGAUGGAACGGUGAUUUCGACAAAUUCUACAAUAGUGAUCAAUAACUCCCGCCUGAGUAUUCCGCACUUCAAUGAAACCCUCAUAGAGCUGUUAAUCAAUACAUCCAUCUUAGCGGAUAGUGGAAAUUAUACCUGCAAUGUCACAAAUGACGUUAAUAGUACGUCGGACUCCAAAUCGAUAAUUAUUGAAGGUGUGUAA